UCACAGAAGAAGAAAUUAAAAACAGAUAUGGCGCGGUGCAGUUGCUCUGUUUACCUUCGACAGCAAAAGUGGAACUAAAGUAAAAUGUGAAGAUUAGGCAGCUGUGGGUGAUAAUACUUAGUUAGUCAGUCGACGGGAAACUUGAUGAUGGCGCUGCGAGGCAACAAAACGAGCUAGCUAACAAAUGCGGCCGUUAGCGUUGCCGAGUUACCGGGUUUCUUUUUCGUCUGUUUUGGACAACGUUGCGCCAGGCUAACACCACCACCCAGGGAGCUGUUUUUACUUACAUUACCUGUAUGCUGGACUAGUGUUCAAGUAUUUCCACAUAGCAAACGCCAGCGGCUCGAAAUACAAGUAAAAAGUCAGCCGCUGGAUAGCAUUGUGCCAGCUGCCACCUGUCGUGCUGAUGCGUGUUGGAGGUUUUAUGAAAGUUUAGGAAAAUGUCAGUAAACGGGAAAGUGAUCCCACACACACCCCUGGCCGUGGACUUCUGGCAGGUGCGGAAGUGUCCCAGCGCGCGCCUCUUCUUCCUGUCGCACAUGCACAGUGACCACACGGUGGGUCUGACCUCCACGUGGAGCGACAGGCCCAUCUACUGCUCCCCGAUCUCUGCCAAGCUGCUCAAGCUCAAGCUGCAGGUCAAAGAGCAGUGGAUCCACCCACUCGAGCUGGAUGAACCGUACAUGCUUCCUCUGGACAGCAUCGGCAAGGAGACGCUGACAGUCACACUGAUGAAUGCUAAUCACUGCCCUGGAGCCGUCAUGUUUCUCUUCCAAGGCUACUUUGGCUCUAUACUGUACACUGGUGAUUUCCGAUACACUCCUUCCAUGCUGCGUGAGCCUUGCCUGAGGACCAACACCACUAUCGAUGUCCUGUACCUGGACAACACCAACUGUGACCCCACCCGCACCCUGCCCUCCAGGCAGCGAGCCGCCCAGCAGAUCAAAGAGAUCAUCCGCAGCCACCCACACCACAACGUCGUCAUCGGUCUCUAUACUCUGGGGAAGGAGUCUCUGCUGGUGGAGCUGGCCAUGGAGUUUAAAACCUGGAUCGAGGUGAGCUUUGAGAGGAUGGAGACCCUCAGAGCCCUGGAGCUGCCUGAUGUCUUCACCACCGACCCAGGAGCCGGCCGAAUCCGUGUUGUGGAGCAGUCGGAGAUUGUGUCUGCCACCUUACACCAAUGGAACAGAGAGUAUCCGACCUUGGCCAUCUUGCCCACCAGCAGGCCCCUGGUCUCCUUCCACCCCAACCUCCAUGUGGUUCCCUACUCGGACCACUCCUCCUACCAAGAGCUGGAGGAUUUUGUCUCUGCACUCAAACCGACCUCUCUGGUCCCCAUUGUGGGCAAGGUCCCUGGAACUCUCUCUGCCUUGAUGCCCAAUAAAAAACGCCAUGAAAUCCUAGUGCCUGAGUCGGUGCAGAGGUACAUGUCGAGGCAGCCUGAGAUCGAUCACACCCGCUCUGAAUGCAUGAGCCUUAUCCGCAGCCUUAUCCGGCCACCCGCUCCCAGGGGGGUGAUAUUUGAGUCUCCUGUAAGGGACUUCAAGAUGUCAUCAGAAGGUAAAGCAAGCUCCCUGGAGCAAGAUGCUUCUGAGGAGGGGAUGGGCAUUGACAACGAUGAAGAUGACUCAGACUGUAUUCUUAUCGACCUGAGCGAGAAUCCCACUCCUGCCAAAAGCCCAAAAGGCGCUGGCAACCUGUGGAGCCUGAAUAUAGUCCAGACCGUCUCUGAAGAAAUGGCGAUGGCAGAGUCAGUGCCAUUCAGUCAGCUCACCCAGAGCAACUUUGCCCCAGUGGAGAUCGUGACAAACACUGUUGCCUCGCUGAAGCCUGUUAUGACCACGAGGGGGCCUUUUCAAGUCAUCCCCGAGGUGAACGAGGACACUGUGUCAACUGACAGCGACACCAGCCAGCAUAGUGGACAUGGAACUGAAUCGACAGACAGCGUGACAUUAAUGCAGAGUAGCUCCAAUAAUGACACCUGUGUUUCAUGUGACUGCUUGACUGUAGUACAAAGUGAGUAUUUAGAGGAGCUUGAAAGGAGUCUCUUGCUGCUUCUGCCAUUCACAGAGGAGGAUACCAGGAGUUAUGGCGUGCUUGACCGCAGCCUUGUGCAGCAGUUCCGCAUCUCCCCUUUGCGCAACUCAGACAAGGACAGCAUCUGUAACUAAGGAGGUAGCUGCAAGUUUUUGCUUUACCUCAGGGGCCUGUGUGUGUAUGUGGCACAACAGCACGCUAUUUCCCUGGUAUUUUCCUAAUUUGUGGCCAUAUUCUUGAUGUUCUUCCAUUCUGUGUGGCUGGUGGUAGCCCAGAAGUUACAAAACUAGGCGUUGUCAUCAGAAGUUCACCGGUUAGAGCCCAUAGACUGGGCAGGGAAACUCAAUGUGAAACACCCUCGCUAAACUACUGUUGAAAUGGCCUUGUGUUGCUCACUUUACCUCACAUUGCUUGAGUGUUGCUGGUUAGUGGCCAAGAGAAGAAGAUGAAUAUUGUGCUGGCCAGCUUCCAGGUGUGAAUGUGGUGGAAAAAAUGAAUGUGAGGCAGGGAAACUUUUCCCUUGAUAAAAGAAAUGGUAAUUUCUUAUUUUAACACCCCAUGUUUUCCUUAUCACAGUGAGGUUAUUCGGUGCUAAUCAUUGUUGUGCAGCUGAUAAGGUGUUUUUUUAUUAUAAGAGAACAGGCUGCCAAGUGAGGUAUUGAAAGCCAGAAAUCUCAGCAUCUGGUAAUUAUUGAUAAGUACUUAGUGAGUCAUUGUAUAAAUUAGCUGUCAAACCCCUGCAUAUACUGUGUGUUGUGAUAUUCUAUGCUGCUAUAGGAUAGAAAAAAAUAAUGUUGCACCUUUAAUUUCAGAUGCCAUAAUAUUGUUAUGUGUACAGUAUACCAGCCAGAGGAGUAUGUUGCCUUGACAGUAUACCUGCGUGAAGAGUUGUUUCACCUAACCAGCAUAGGUCAGGAUUGCAAGGAUUGUUGGCCUCUCUUCUGCUUCCUAGUCUCAAAGUUGUUGUUUUUUUUUUUUAGUUUGAGAUUUCGACAGAAGUUGCUGAACAAUGACGGCAGUUUGUAAUUCUCUGGUUUGGUUUUUUGUUGCCAUCUGUUCACUUGCUAGUGUUUCUGUCCAAGUAUGCAGGCUAGCAGUGGCUUUGUUUAAAUGGUGGUGGUAAUUUUAGUGUGGGUACAUUCUUAUAUAGUCAGAUACUCUGGGCUUGGUGUGUGUGUGUGUGUGUGUGUGUUUGUGAAGCUUCAAAGUAUUUAUCUUCCGCUUGUAAAUAAGGUUUCACUUUAUCUCAUUAGUGCUAUUUGUCCAAUUAUAACCAAGAUGUUGAAACAAAGUUAGCGAGUCCAGACAAGGUGUUACCUUGAGCCAGAUAGGUCCUUUCACCUUAAAUUUAUGAUACUUUUCCACAAUGUGCCAAUAGUCCUUUUCGCCUUUAAAGGGCCAUUUCAGAAUUUUCAAGAGGCCAUCAUUUUGAAGACUAUUCAGUGUUUCGCAGAUUAUUUUAAUGAUGCUAAUUUUGGUUUCAUUUUGGUUUUUGUUCACUACAUCUGUGUUUUGGUUGGAGUUUUGUAUCGAGUGUAAGCUGCAAGACUAAAACUGCUCACUUUAUUACAAAAGACAAAAAGUGUAUGUACAUUGGACCUAUUUGAGUUUUUUGUUUGUUUGUCUUUGUCUUGUUUUGUGUGUUUUUUGCUUUGUUUGCUCAAAUUCUUUAGCAGUGGUGUUUCUUUGGUAGUGCACUGCUGAAUGAAUAAAUGUGCCAUACUGCUUUUGUCACAACAUCCAUUGAUUUCAGGGAUAAUCAGUUGCAGCAUCCUGUGAAUCUCCCAGCACUAAAGAAGCAUUCUAAUGGGGAACCAAAUCAUUUAUGUUAAGUGAUGUGAGGUAUCCUCUCUAGCCCUAAUACUUAUGCUUAUUCCUGUCACAGCUUACAACUGUGAUAACUUUUUGAGAGAAUUAUCCUUGUUCCACAUUACUAGCCUUGAUAACACAUGUGAUGCUGCUGCUGCUUGUUUCUCCAAAUCAGUGUGAAGUUGAACCUUUUUGGUUAAGUGAUGACAGAGGCCGUCUGGUCAACGCUGCUUUUACUUCCUUGGCUGAACUGUUGAUGUGCAGCACCUGAUAAAUGGUGCGGACAUAUAAAAACGUUUAUCCAUGCCUUAACUUUUUGUUUGGGGGAAAACAAAAAUAGUUUUCCUUGCACUGUAUUAAAAUGAAAACAACUAAAUUAUAAGUGACUACAUAGACUGCCUGUUCUGUAAUUGUUGUUACUUUUUGAACCAAGUAUUAUUCAUAUGAAAGCCCAAGCUGAAUGUGGUGCAUAAUAGUUUAUUACUGAUUUUAGAAGGGACAACCAAUUUUCUGUAUGAGGCAGCACUACCUAAUAAACAUCAUACAAGGAAUACAAAGUCCUGAUUACAGCCUUUGUGUACGUUUCCCUCAAUAAAAGAUGUGUUUUCUGUAAA